GUUUGCAGGGGGGUUUAGGCAAAUACGCCAGCUCGCCGUCUCCGCCCCUCCGCCCUGGUGGGCCUGGUCGAGCCUAUCCACCGGCGAGGUGCCGCGGCCGCUUAGCACACAGCAGCUCCGGCGAGCUAUCGAUCCUUUUCGGCCCUCCUUACCACCGCCCGGAGCCCUAGUCAAUCUCAGCCAUGUGUAUCGCGGCGUGGGCGUGGGAGUGCCACCCGGCGCAUCGCCUACUCCUGCUGUUCAACCGCGACGAGUAUCUCUCCAGGCCGACGCAGCCGGCGCGGUGGUGGGCGGCGGGGGAGGACAGCAAGGAGAUCCUCGGAGGCAGGGACGAGCUCGGCGGGGGCACGUGGAUGGGGUGCACGAGGGACGGGAAGCUCGCCUUUCUUACCAACGUGCGGGAGCCCGACUCGAUCAUCGGCGCCAAGACCAGAGGGCAGCUCCCCGUCAGGUUUCUUCAGGGCAGCCACAGUCCACUGGAGUACGCCACAGAAAUUGCAAAGGAAGCAGAUCAGUACAAUGGUUUUAACCUUAUAUUGGCUGAUGUGAACUCCGGAACCAUGGUUUACAUCUCUAAUAGACCUGGAGGUGAUCCUGUGAUUCAAACAGUUGCUCCUGGACUUCAUGUGCUUUCAAAUGGUGCAAUUGAUUCCCCUUGGCCAAAGGCACUGCGUUUAGGACAGAGUUUCAAAAAAUAUCUGGAAACAAAUGAUGAUUCAGAAGCCUCUUUAAAACAGAUGGUAGAAGAGUUGAUGAUGGAUACAAUCAAGCCUGAUAGAUCCAUGGUGCCGGAUACUGGCGUUGAUCCUGAAUGGGAGUACAAGUUAAGCUCUAUUUUCAUUGACACUGCAAAAGGACAGGCACGAUAUGGAACACGAAGUAUGGUGGCGCUAGCAUCAAAAUUGGACGGUGAGGUAACAUUCUACGAGAGGUACUUGGAGAACAGCUCGUGGAAGGAGAAUAUGAUACAGUUCCAGAUGGAGAACGCACAACAGGACUUGAGAGGAACUUCAGAAUAAUGGCAAAGACUUAGCAGUUGCUUAUUCUUUUGCUAUUGCUUCUUUAAAAGAGCAUAACAAGGUGGCUACUAUUGAUGGCCCUUUUGUGCAGAUUUAUAGUGAUGUUUAUGCAACAAGAACUGAUUUGUAUAUUUGCUAUGGCCCCCGCCAUUGUAUAGUUCUGAAGGACAUCGAUUCUUUACUGGCUCCAAAAAUUGCUGAAAUUACAAUGCCACCGUACUGAUUGUUUAUAUACCUUUUUUUCCUUGGAAGCCGGGGCAACAA